AUGACCAUCCUCCAAUAUGUAGAUGAAGGAAUGCACAUGUUUACAGGUACCACCGUCAUUGCCUGCUGUCGGAACCCAGGCGGUGCAGAGGAGCUUAAAAGUGUUCAGUCGGAACACCCAAGCCUCAUUGACGUAGUGCAGCUUGAUGUGACGAGUGAGGGGGCAGUGCAGGCAGCCGCUCAACACAUACAGCAGACCCAUGGCAAGGCACUGGACCUUCUCAUCAACUGCAGUGCCAUUCUCAGCCCCUCAGGACGUGGCGAGACCAGCCUGAGAGACGUUUCCAUGAAGGCACUUCAAGACACAUUCAACGUCAAUGCCUUUGGUCCCCUGGUGAUGGCGAAGUACUUUGGUCCACUCCUGCAGGCUGGGCAGGGCAGUGUCGGCAGGCAGGCAGCGGAGGCCAAACACCAGCACGCAGCAGUAGUGGUCAACAUGUCAGCCAGGGUCGGGUCCAUUGGGGACAACAAGCUCGGCGGAUGGUACAGUUAUCGCAUGUCCAAGUCUGCUCUCAACAUGGCCACCAGAAACCUGAGUAUUGAAUUGGGACGUGGGCGAAAGAAGGUUAUUUGUGUGGCCCUCCAUCCAGGCACGGUGGACACAGCUCUCUCUCGGCCGUACCACAAGAAUGUACCUGCCGACAAGCUCUUCUCUUCUCAGCAGUCUGUCGGUUACCUCUUAAACAUCAUUGACAACUUGGCUAUUGGUGACUCGGGGAAGUACUAUGGCUGGGAUGGUGAGGAGAUUCCAUUCUAGUGUGUUUUGGAUUGAGUUGUGUGGUUGUGGCUUGUGUAGUGUUGAAAAUGAGAGGUAGAUUAAGUUAUGGGGUAAAAGAAGAGAUGGUAAAAGGAUUGGUGGAGGUUUUCUAGUAUAUUUGGAGGUUUGGAAAGGUUCUAUUAUGGUUUGUAGAGAGUAGAAGAAGAGAAGAAAAUUUAGUUAUAGAGUGAAGGGAGACAAGUUGGUAGAAGAAGAAUAAAUGGAAGUUUUCUCAUAUGUUUUGAAGUCUGGCAAUGUUGUACAGUUGUGGUUUUGUGUAGUGUAGAAAAAGAGAAGAAGAUUUAGUUAAGGAUUGAAGAGAAGUCAGUAAAAAAGAAAGAUAAAAUGGAGUUCUUUCUAGUAUAUUUUGAAGUCUCGAAAGUUCUACAGUUGUGGUUUGUAUUGGGUAGAAGAGAAGAAGGAAUGAAGAGUUCAGUAAAAGAAAGAAAGAUGGAGUUUUUUUCUAGUAUAUUUUGAUUCUACAGUUGUGCUUUGUGUAUUGUAGAGAAAGAGAGAAAAUUAAGUUAUGGGGAUGAAGUAUGAGAUAGUAAAAGAGAUAGUUUUUCUCUAGUAAAAGAAAGAUAGUUUUUCUCACAUUUUGGAGUCUAGCAAGGUUGUAAGAUUGUGAUUUGUGUUGUGUAGAGAAAGAGAGAAUAUUAAGAUAUGGGGGUGAAGGAAGAGAUGGUAAAAAGAAGGGGUAUGAGUUUUGGAUUUGUAAAUUUUAAGACACAAAUGGUUUUUCUAAGAGAAGCUAAUGUAGGUAGAUCUUGCAAACUGACACCUAUGUUAUCUCAGGGAGUGUUGACCUAAUAUACCUGUGAUUAACUACA